GCUGAGCCCCCCACCCAGCGCAUGGCUUCCCGCCCCGCGCUGCUCAAUUCCCGCCAGAUGGGCGUGGUCACCGGGAAACCACGCCCACUUGAGAGACGUAACCACGCCCACGUGCGACGUAGCCCCGCCCCCGCCGCGGGACCAAUCAGAGACGCGCGUGGUUUUCAAAUGGGCGGCGGGGAGCGGCGCGGCGGGAGCGCGGCCAUGCGGGGAAGGCGAGUCUCCGCCGCUCAGCGGCGGCCCCUGCAGGAGCUGCGGCUGCAGCAGGGAGCGGAGCGUACCAACAUCACCCCGCUGCUCCGCCGCUUGCGGCUCAAGGACCACGAUGGCGGCACUCCUGUGCCCUGCGCUCGCUGCCCCCCCGGCCGCAUCGCCCCAGGACCCCCCAGCAGCGCUGCCCUGUGCUCCCCCUGCAGCAUCGACCGGAAGCCCCUCAGACCCCAGAGAACCCCCCUGGAGCCCUCAGGCAAUGCCACCCCAGACCCUCUCAACAUCUCAGAGCCCUCUGGCUGUGCCACCCUUGUUAUAGAUGCCCCAGAACCCCCAGGUGAUGCCAUCUCAGGGCCUGACACCCUGGUGCCUCCAGGUGAUGCUCCCCAAGAGGACAGCCAUCCAGAGACCCCCAGCAAGGCCCCCCUGGAGCCCCAUGGCAGCGCCCCAGUGCCCUUCUUCCCAUUCUCCCCCAGCCACCUCCCCCCUCUUCCUCCUUCCCCAGACCACCCCAGCAGCCCUCCCUUGGAGCCGUGCACCCCUGAACCCCCCGGCAGCCCCUCCCUGGUGCCCUGCUCUCUGGACACCCCUGGCAGCCCUACCCCAGGCCCCCCCGGCACCUCCACCCCACAGAACACUCCAUUCUGCCGGUGGCGAGCAGCCCCCUCUGACCUCUCCUGCAGCCCCGUGGCUCCCCAACCCCGGGCUGAGAAUGGGGAUGUGGGCACCCCUCCGUGUCACAGUACCCUGAGGAUGGCUGGAUCCCUGAGCCCUGCCCUGCUGGAGCAGUGCUCCCUCCAGAUUGAGGCAGCGGGGUCAGAGCCUGUAGGGUCAGCGCCAGCAGCCACCCAGGUGUCUUUGUCUGAGCCGUCCCUGGGGGCUGUGUCCUGGAUGAUGCCAUUGGUGUGGCUGGAGAAGACCCUCCCCGCCUCGUCCCUGCUGGAGUCCCUGCGGCACAGCCUCCCCCUGUCCGUGUCAUGGCGGGAUGCUGGUACCGGUGUCACUCCAGUGUCUACUGCAGCCAUCAGUACCAGUGUCACCCCAGUGCCCGCCAUGUCUGUGGGGAGCAGUGUCACCCCAGUGCCCGCCAUGUCUGUGGGGAGCAGUGUCACCCCAGUGCCCACCAUGUCUGUAGGGAGCAGUGUCACCCCAGCGCCCACCAUGUCUGUAGGGAGGAGUGUCACCCCAGUGUCAACCAUGGCCAUGGGCACCAGUGUCACCCCAGUGCCCACCAUGUCAAUGGGUACCAGUGUUACCCCAGUGUCCACGGGGACUGCUGGCAUCAGUGUCACCCCAGUGCAUACCAUGUCUAUGGGCACCACCAUGACCCCAGUGCCCACUGGAACUGUGGGCACCAGUGUCACCCCAGUGUCCACCAUAUCUAUGGGCACCAGCGUCACCCCGGUGCCUACUGGAACCAUUGCCACCAGUGUCACCCCAGUGCCCACCAUGUCUAUGGGCACUAGCAUCACCCCAGUGCCCACCAUGUCUAUGGGUACCACCAUGACCCCAGAGGAGAGGAGUGCUUGCACAUCCAUGCCCACUCAUGCCAAGGACAGCGCUGCUGAGACCGACUCUCUGCUCUGGCACUGUCCCCGGGAGCAGCUGCGCUCGCUGCCACGAGCGGAGCUGGAGGGGCGGCUGGAGAGCACGCUGAUCAUCAUCGAGGCGCUGUCGCUGCAGCUGCGCGAUUGGCAGGACACCCAGCGCCCGCUCCCCGCUGUGGGGCCGGCGGGACAGCGGGACGCGCACACCCAGACCGACGUCACCCGGCCCCAGGGGGAGGAGCGCAUUUACCACGGCCUCUACGUGGAGCUGCGGAGGAAGGCGCAGGCUCUGCAGCGGCAGCGCGGAGCGGAGCAGGAGUUGGCGCAGCAGCUGGCGCGGGCGGCGGAGGCCACGGGCGCGUGGGCUGGGCAGCGCCGUGCGCUGCGGGAUGCGGCGGACAGCGCUCUGCAGGGCGUGCAGGACGACCACGCUGCGCUGGAACGGGAGCGGCUGCAGGUGCGUGCCCUGGUGUCUCGGUGCGAGGCGGUGCUGCGCGGUGUCCCCGCCAAGCUGCAGAGCUGCCUGCGGGAGCGGGAUGCUGCACAGCAGCGAGCGGAUGAAGCCCUUCGUGUGAAGCAGGAGAGCGAUGGUUUCCUGGAGGCGUUCCGCGCCCACGCUGCUGCCCAGAUCGGUGCCCGCACACAGAGCCUGGCACUGCAGCAGGAGCUGAGCACGCUGCUGGCAGCUGCCAUCCAGCAGCAGGUGUCCCUGGCUGCAGAGGCUCAGCCUUUCUGGGAAUUCAUAGACGUGACCUUUGCCAACCUCCAGGAGGAGCGGGGAGAGCUGGAUGGAGAGCGGGAGCAGGUGCGUGCCCUGGUGUCCCGCUGCACGGCCAUGCUGCGGGAUGUCCCCACCAAGCUGCACAGCUGCCUGCAGGAGCGGGAUGCCGCGCUGCAAUGCGUGGAGGAAGCCCUCCAAGCCAAGAAGGAGGCAUCCCAGCAGCUGGAGAAGACUCUCGAGGCCCUGCAGGACGCGGUGGCCCAGGAGGAGCAGCUGGCGGUCACUAACUCGCGCCUCAGCACAGACCUGGGCACAGUGAUGAAACAGCUGGCCAGCCUGCAGCAGGAGCGGGAUGCGCUGCAGCAGGACUACGAGGAGCAGAAGGAGGAGAUCAGCUGGUGGGUCUGCACCCCCUGCACCUCCCCCCUACCCCAAAAAGUCCCCUCUCAGCACCCCUAGCCUCAUCCCUUGGGG